GACGGGACAGGACAAUUAUCUCCAGGAAUCAAUCCAUGGAUCUUAAUCUUUUCACUGCACAAUGCACGCUCCACAAAAGGUAGAUCAACUCUAUAAAAUCUAUGCAUCCCCGCGAGAGGGACUCAUGAAGUAAUCUCCAUCCACAAGUUGCAGUGACAAUCGCUUCUUUUUCGAGAAUUCUCCCCUCUACUCCUUUUAUUCCAUUCUGCUCUCGCCUUCUUCUCCUACUCUGGUUUUUUACAUAACAAGAGGAAGAAGAACAAAGUGGCCACAAUUCCAACAUGGUGGCGGUCGUGGAGUCUAAUGCUAAUUCGAACGCGGGGCAGUUGAAUUCUGCUGGGAAUGAAACUAAUGUUUUAAAUGGAACGAUUUCAAGAACCAGCAAUGGCUUAUUCUCACCAACAAUGACGGAGGAGCCCUCCAUUUCUUGUACCACUUUCAAUAUCCUGGCUCCUAUCUACAAGCGACUCGAUCACCAGAACCCGAGUAUCCGGGAAAGCGAUUUCAGGGCAUUCUGGUUCACCAGGAAUCAGAGGAUUUUGGAUUGGUUACUCUUCGAAAGGUCUUCCAUUAUAUGUCUCCAGGAAUUUUGGGUCGGCAAUGAAGAACUCGUGCAUAUGUACCAGGAGAGGCUUGGUGAUGCCGGAUAUAUAACCUUCCAGCUUGCCCGGACGAACAACCGAGGAGAUGGGUUGCUAACUGCUGUGCAUAAGGACUACUUCAGGGUUCUAAAUUAUAAAGAGUUGCUCUUCAAUGACUUUGGAGACCGUGUUGCUCAGCUACUGCAUGUUCAGUCAGCUGUACCCCUUGCGCAAAACCAAAAUGGAGAUGCUCAACAAGAAUUUCUUAUUGUGAAUACUCACCUCUUAUUUCCUCAUGAUUCUAGUCUAUCUAUUGUGAGAUUGCUUCAGGUUUACAAAAUACUAAAAUACGUGGAAACAUAUCAGAGAGAAAACAAACUAAGUCAUAUGCCCAUUAUUCUUUGUGGGGAUUGGAAUGGAAGCAAGCGUGGGCAUGUGUACAAAUUCCUUAGGUCCCAGGGAUUUGUUUCAUCAUAUGAUAUGGCUCAUCAAUAUACCGAUAGUGAUGCAGAUGCUCACAAGUGGGUCAGCCACAGAAAUCAUAGGGGUAACAUUUGUGGUGUUGAUUUCAUAUGGCUUCGUAAUCCUAUUAAAUCAAAGAAGCUGCUGGAGACAAGUUGGGCUGAAGCAGUGCUUGGAAUAAUAAAGGGUCAACUCCUGAGAGCUUCACUGAAUGAAAAUGAUGCAUUUGCAAUUUUUAAGGCUGAUGAACCUGGUGAUUGUAUAACAUAUUCAACAUUCUGUGAAGGACUCCGUCAGGUAAAUUUGAUUGGUCUUCCUUGUGGAUUGAGUUUCCAGCAGACGAAGGAUCUAUGGAUACUAGUAGACGUUGAUGGAAAUGGCAUUGUUGAUUAUGAAGAAUUUAUGCAAAGGAUUUGGAACUCUUCAUGUCUGGUGCAAGAGGAAGAUUGUACUUCAAAUACUGAGGACACUGCGCUAGGUGUAGAAGAAGAAGCUGUCGGCUUCACUGUAAAAAAUGCACACCUUUCCCCCCGUGAAGCAGAAAAAGGGAUGUGGCCCGAAAAUUAUUCUCUUUCUGAUCAUGCUCGACUCACUGUUGUGUUUUCAGCAGUAAGAAUGCAUAGCUCUCCGAAAAUCUUAUAAUCAACAAUGGCACACUUGUGAAUCAAACUAGCAUAAGAUGAUGUGUAGGGUAGAGUCCAGAGUUUGUAAAUGAGAAAUAACUAUGCAUAGUUGAUAGAUGGGAUGCCUGUGUCUCGGUGGAUUAAUGUUUACAGGUAAAAUUUUUGUAACUAGUUGUGUUAUAGAAUCAGCCAAAAUUUUCAGGCGGAGAACCAUGUAUUUUAGUUUUGAAUUGAAAUGUGAAAUGUUCAACAAAAGCUUAUUUUGCGCCUGCAAGGAUGA